UUGUUUUUCUGGGGUUUUAUCUUGUUCCUUCAUCGGGUACAAAGUCCUCUGCCUUUUCAUUUUGUCUGUCUUUCUAUGAAUAUGGUUUUCCUUCCACGAGCUGCAGAAUUGUACUUCUUCUUCGUUAUAGGCCCCUUUAUGAAUCAGAUGAAAAUUUAGUCCCCUCUCCUCCAGAAAAAUGUCCACACACACAAAUGGAAUUUUGCAUACAAUCCCAAGAGGUUCAUGAAGACCAUUCAUAGGCUUCAUAAAUCAGCAUCUCUGAAUCCUUGAUCUAACCUAGUCCCCUUAAUUCACAGAUAAGAAAACAAACCCAGAGAGAGGAAGUGACUUGUCCAAGGUCACACAGUUUAGGAGAAUGGAUUAAAACUCAAGUUUUCUGAUUUCCAGUCAAAUAGCCCUUAAAAUAGUUUAUUUCUCACAGGCUACUCAAGCUGCAUUGCUUAACUGUAUUCAGUGGCCCCAAAAUACUUUCAAUUAAGAGAUUUCUAGCAAAGGAAACCUUUUCACAUUGGUGGGGUUGAAUGGGACAUGGCUAAUUGGCAAAAUUCUGCAUAUUAGUGGGACUUUUUGAGUGUUUUGUUUUACUAUGCCCCUUACUCUCCUUUCAAACUAGCCAGACCAUUGUGAUUUCAGAAUGUAAAUCCCGGGCUUAUUAAAUAUUGGCAAGUAGAACAAAAAUCCCUUAAAUUCAUCUUUUGCUUUUCUUCCCACUUGUUCAAGUAUUUCUAUAUUCGUUGUGCCUGCAAGCAUCCGAUGUAGGAAGGAUUGAUGGAGAAGAUAUUAUUUCACUUUUUAUGGUGAGAAAUAAACCCAGGAAGGGUAAGGAUUACACCAAAAGUACAUGGUAGAGCCAAGAGCUGAGCCCUGGUUUCUUGACCCCCAGCUUCUGCAUGUUUUCUGCCAGAUGAUUCUGUGGUCCCCACACCUUGGUUCCUAACUACAGAUGCAAAAAGAAUAGAUGUGUAGAUGGAUAGAUAGAUGGAUACAUGGGUGUACCUCAGACCAAAUAAAUCAGAAUCUCUGAAAAUGAGGCCAGGUUUGGGAACCACUGCUGCACCCUGUGUUGGCAGAAGCAAACCUAAAUCCAGACCUGGGAAGCAGGAAUUCCUGGGUUCUUCUCUCUCCUGUGGUUGGGAGGCUGGGGAGGAGUCACUUGAGCAGCAUGCAAGAUGACCCCCACACUUUGCAGCCUUCCAGAAUGGUGAUAGAGGAAGCAAGAAGCCGUUGCCCCAGUCCAUCCCUGCAAACUGUGCCUUGUGGCCUGCCUCAUGGGAGUGCCAUCCAGUAGACAGUCCCUUGGUAAUGUCCAGGGCUCCAGGAAGAGAUGUCUUUGUGGCUGGAGGCCCCUGUGCCUGAUGUUUCUCCUGUGGAGCUGUGGGAGCCAGAUGCACAAGAUGCAAGCAGCCAGCCUCUGGGAAGCAGCAACUGUAUCCUCAGGGAAGAAUCUAGCACACCCCAAUCUACUGGGGGCACUUCGAGGGUGGGGCUGGAGGCAACAGACCCCACAGCCCUGCUCCCCGGGGUGGAGGCCCCUCCAGAGUCCACAGAGCUUCGUCCACAGAAGCGGAAAAAGGGGCCAGCCCCCAAAAUGCUGGGGAAUGAGCUGUGCAGUGUGUGUGGGGACAAGGCUUCCGGCUUCCACUACAACGUGCUGAGCUGCGAGGGCUGCAAGGGAUUCUUCCGCCGCAGUGUCAUCAAAGGGGCGCGCUAUGUCUGCCACAGUGGGGGCCACUGCCCCAUGGACACCUACAUGCGUCGCAAGUGCCAGGAGUGCCGCCUUCGCAAAUGCCGCCAGGCCGGCAUGCGGGAGGAGUGUGUUCUGUCAGAAGAACAGAUCCGUGUGAAGAAACUGAAGCGGCAAGAGGAGGAACAGGCUCAGGCCACAUCCGUGCCCCCGAGGGCUUCCUCUCCGCCCCAAGUCCUGCCCCAGCUCAGCCCUGAGCAGCUGGGCAUGAUUGAGAAGCUGGUGGCUGCCCAGCAGCAGUGUAACAGACGUUCCUUCUCAGACCGGCUUCGAGUCACGCCUUGGCCCAUGGCACCAGAUCCCCAGAGUCGGGAGGCCCGUCAGCAACGCUUUGCCCACUUCACGGAGCUGGCCAUUGUCUCUGUGCAGGAGAUCGUUGAUUUUGCCAAACAGCUGCCGGGCUUCCUGCAGCUCAGCCGGGAGGACCAGAUUGCCCUCCUGAAGACCUCUGCAAUUGAGGUGAUGCUUCUGGAGACAUCUCGGAGGUACAACCCUGGAAGUGAGAGUAUCACCUUCCUCAAGGAUUUCAGUUAUAACCGGGAAGACUUUGCCAAAGCAGGGCUGCAGGUGGAGUUCAUCAACCCCAUCUUUGAGUUCUCCAGAGCCAUGAAUGAGCUGCAACUAAAUGAUGCUGAGUUUGCCUUGCUCAUUGCCAUCAGCAUCUUCUCUGCAGACCGGCCCAACGUGCAGGACCAGCUCCAGGUAGAGAGGCUGCAACACACAUAUGUGGAGGCCCUGCAUGCCUACGUCUCCAUCCACCACCCCCAUGACCGACUGAUGUUCCCACGGAUGCUAAUGAAACUGGUGAACCUCCGGACACUGAGCAGCGUCCAUUCAGAGCAAGUGUUUGCACUGCGCCUGCAGGAUAAAAAGCUUCCCCCGCUGCUCUCUGAGAUCUGGGAUGUGCACGAGUGACUGAUCUUCCCCUGCGUCUUCUGUUUUCUGAGCUGGAUGGCUGAGGCUGGUGGCUGCCUCCUAGAGGUGGAACCGACUGAGGACAAACAUUCCUGAGGGCUGGGCAAAGGAGAUCCUCAAGUGGCAUUAAAGGAGAGUCAAAGGGU